UCCAGCCUCCUCCCAAGUCCUACUCCUACUACUGAAGAGAGAGAGAGAGAGAGAGAGAGGGAGAGAGCAUUCCCCUCCUCCAACCUCCCCCCCAGCUGCCUCCCCUCCCAAAGCUCCCCACUUCUCCCGCUCCGGCGUCGCAUUCGCCCCGCCCGCCCCGCCGAUUCCCUCGGGUCUUAUCCUCGCUUGCGGCCUGCCGACAGCGGGGCUCCCCUCCGCUCGGAGUCUCCCCGCGCCCCGCCGAAUUUCUCGGGUCAUUCUCUCCGGCGGCUCCGGGUGCGGGCUUUCGGUCCGGGGCGCCGCGGCCCGCGAUCAUUGCUGGAGGAGAGCUUUUUUCGCGGAGGGGUCUGGUGCGGAGUCUGCAGUACCGGCGGCGUCCAUAGGUUUUGGGUGGAGGAAUCGGGACUGGCGGUCGCAAUCCUCCUAGCCAUUUUGGUGCUGUCCGUUCUGGGUUACUAGGGGGUUUGCGUGUUCUAAAUAGGGUAUGGACGGCAGAUGCAGUAACUACUAGUAUCUCUUGAAGAAACUUCAGCUGCAGAUCUGAAACCCAUUUUUGUGCCCCUUGCUGUAGUUGUAGCUCUGCCAGAUGAGGUGAACCAGGCCGCUUUCUAGUGCCCCCUUGCCAUUGCUUGUUGCCAGUGUUGGUUGCCAGUUUUAGCUCAACAAAUCUGGCUGGAGCCUGAUCUGCCCAAGCCAGCAUUAGUUGUGUGCUCUCUGUGUCUGGUUGAGCAAGGUUGCAGCUUCCAUUUGUUGAUUUCGUCGGCUUUGUUUAGUAGCUUUGAUAACCUGGAGACUGCAAGCAAACAGAUCCCGUCCUGCAGCUCUAGUAAUAAGGUGGUGCUGGGGGAAGGCACCAUGACCUACUUUCCGGAGGAGGUGGUGGAGCACAUAUUCAGCUUCUUGCCCGCGCAAUGUGACCGGAACACCGUUUCACUUGUUUGCAAGGUAUGGUAUGAGAUUGAAAGGCUGAGCCGGCGAACUGUCUUUGUGGGUAACUGCUAUGCUGUGCGCCCUGAGCGCGUGGUGCUUCGGUUCCCCAAUGUGCGGGCACUGACAGUGAAGGGGAAACCACACUUCGCUGAUUUCAACCUUGUGCCACCUGAUUGGGGUGGGUACGCCGGACCAUGGAUCGAGGCAGCAGCCAGGGGCUGCGUGGGUCUUGAGGAGCUGCGGAUGAAGCGGAUGGUGGUGUCAGAUGAGAGCCUGGAGCUGCUUGCCAAAUCAUUCCCACGAUUCAGGGCCCUAGUUCUUAUCAGCUGUGAGGGGUUCAGCACCGAUGGACUAGCAGCUAUUGCAAGUCACUGCAAGCUCCUGAGGGAGUUAGAUUUGCAGGAAAAUGAGGUGGAUGAUCGAGGGCCAAGGUGGCUCUCCUGCUUCCCUGAUUCCUGCACGUCCCUUGUCUCCUUGAAUUUCGCCUGCAUCAAAGGGGAGGUUAAUGCUGGUUCAUUAGAGAGACUUGUUGCUAGGUCCCCAAGUCUUCGGAGUUUGAGGUUGAAUCGAUCUGUGUCAGUAGAUACACUCUCGAAGAUAUUAAUGCGCGCCCCUAAUUUGGAGGAUCUAGGGACUGGGAACUUGACAGAUGACUUCCAAGCUGAAUCGUAUCUCAGGCUGACCCUUGCAUUGGAGAAAUGCAAACUGCUGAGGAGUUUAUCGGGCUUUUGGGAUGCUUCGCCUUUGUGCCUUCCAUUCAUCUAUCCUGUAUGUGGGCAACUAACAGGUUUAAACUUGAGCUAUGCUCCGACACUUGAUUCUUCUGAUCUCACCAAAAUGAUCAGCCACUGUGUGAAACUCCAACGUCUUUGGGUACUGGAUUGCAUCGCGGAUAAGGGCUUGCAAGUGGUGGCCUCCAGUUGCAAGGAUCUACAAGAACUCAGGGUAUUCCCAUCAGACUUCUAUAUCGCCGGGUAUUCCCCAGUAACAGAGGAGGGACUUGUUGCAAUAUCCUUGGGCUGUCAAAAACUGAGCUCAUUGCUAUAUUUUUGUCAUCAAAUGACGAAUGCCGCACUGCUUACUAUAGCUAAGAACUGCCCAAAUUUCACGCGGUUCAGACUCUGUAUUCUUGAGCCUGGGAAGCCUGAUGCCAUGACAAACCAACCAUUAGAUGAAGGUUUUGGUGCUAUUGUUCGUGAAUGCAAAGGGCUAAGGCGAUUGUCAAUAUCGGGUCUUCUCACCGACAAGGUUUUCAUGUAUAUUGGUAAAUUCGCGAAACAACUUGAGAUGCUUUCAAUAGCAUUUGCUGGAGAUAGUGAUGCGGGAAUGAUGCAUGUUAUGGAAGGAUGCAAUAAUCUGAGGAAGCUGGAGAUUAGAGAUAGCCCAUUUGGUGAUGCUGCACUCCUGGAGAAUGUUACCAAGUAUGAGACAAUGCGAUCCCUUUGGAUGUCAUCAUGCAAUGUCACAGAAAAGGGGUGCCAAAUCCUUGCAUCAAAGAUGCCAAUGCUUAAUGUGGAGGUUAUAAAUGAGGUAGAUGAGAGCAAUGAAAUGGAUGAGAACCAUGGAAUCCCCAAAGUUGACAAGUUAUAUGUUUACCGCACAACUGCUGGGGCAAGGGAUGAUGCGCCAAAUUUUGUUAAAAUCCUAUAGAGCUAGUUGAGAAUUGCCUGGUAUCUCCUUGCUGUAUAAGAUGGUCGGCGGAAUGGAAUCCGGCGGGGGCCUGUGGACAGUGGCAAGUCUCCCGCUGCCCCCCUCGGCUUUGCAGCGCCAGGAAAAGCCACGUCAGUGUGCUCCUUAUCCUGGAGCAUCUCUGUCCGGGGAUCCAUCAUUCCCUUUUUAGCGUCUGGUCAUAUGGCCACUGCCUUUAUCCUGUGCAUUUUUCUUUUUCUUAAGAGGACCACCAACCAACCAAUCCUUUCUUUUCCUUUUUCCUCUACUAUGCUGUACUCCGUAGCCAUUUGCUUUUGACAUUGCCACAGUGGAAUGUGCCUCUGCUGUCGCUGUUGCUCUUGUUGUAAACGUUUGUUUGAACCUGACCGAAACGACGAUGGCCAAUGAUCUUGCUCCCGUGAAAUCAUGCAGCAGAGGCUGGAAUAAUUUGUUGCUCAUCAGCACUUUACUUCA